GAAGUUGCCCUUUCAAGAUCACCUGACUGAAUAUCGAGUACCUCAUCAUCAUCAGUUCAAAGUCAGUUGCACUCUAAGGUGCUUUAACCCUUAGUAAUUUUUAACCAUCAAAGUCAAAAGACCCUGCCUGCCCUGUAAAUCACUAAUUAAAUCUUUGUCAGACCAAAAGAAGAAGAUGAAGUACGAGCAACGAACUGGUGAAGCCAAUUAUGAUUAUCCUUACUCACAUCCUACACCUCAAACAUCAUUACCUAAUCAUUCGCAACCAGAUUGUCAACACAUCUUACCAAUGACAAAUGACCAAGAAGAUGAUACGAAUAGGAACUUAUCAGCUAAACUCAACACCAAUCAAUCUUCAUUACCAUCACCCACAGCAAAUGUUAGCAGAAACUCAUCAACAGAGGAAAAUUCAAAAGAAGAAUCUCAAAAACCAAUUCGACCUAAACUCAUCAAUCCACAUUCAACUUCUCAAACACUUUCAAAUAGUUCUAAUCGAUUUCAACUUUAUCAUCAUUCAUCAACUUAUCAACUCAUAUACAAAUCUUUAUUAAUCUUUCUACUCUUUAUUCAAUCUUUCGUUUUGAUUGGUUUCUUUGCUUCAGUUUAUAUCUCAUUAGAUGGUUUUAUAAAAAUUUCAGAAAGUGUUGAAUAUCGUACCAUCUUAGCUUAUCUCCUCAUCUUCAUCAUCGCCACCAUCUUUUCCGUUUUUAUUGCUAUCGAUUCACUUCUUAGUAAAAACGUCAAUCAACUGAUCGGAUUAUGUCUCUUCAACAUAGCCAUGAGUGUCUAUGGAGCUAUUUUACCAAGACAGAUCAAUCAUACCAUUGAACCAUUAUCACCAGGAAGUCUAUCUGCUGAUCAAUUACAUUCAAUCCAAUGGAGAGUUAUCGUUGUCCCUGCGAUCUCUGGUUUCUGUUCAAUCAUCCUUUUCAUGCUCACCUGGUAUUUCUAUCGCGAAUUCGGGUGGUAUAUGUAUAAACAACUUGGCGCAGAUAUCAAAUUGAGGAAAGCAUUGAGAAUCAAGUAUACAUUUUACAUGUUACAGAAAUUCAACCUCUUCUUUCUCAUUGGAUUCUGUAUACAAACUGUUCUUUACCAUGGCUCCAAUCCAACGGUACAGAAUAUCGUUUUACCAUCAAUUGCAUUGCUAGUGAGCUGCUUCGUAGUCCUCCUUGCUUCCGUUGCGGUUGAGCGCGAGUUAAAGUGGAUCAUGGCACUUUAUUAUCUAGUGUGGACAUUGGCCAUGACCUUUUUAUGUUAUGAAAUUGCGAAGAUCUACCCCAAAGCAACAGAGGCUCACAUUCAACGUAGCUUUAUCCUUUUUGCUUCCUUGACUUUUGUUAUGUUGCUCUCCACCGGGGUCUUCUCUAUCAUUUGUUGCUGUAACUUUGGUAUCGGCCUGAAGGAACGUCGACUUCGAUCUCCUUGGUCAGCGGCAUUGCACAGCAUGAUGAGCAAUGGAAAGGCCCAAGCUGAUUCAAAUAACCCUGACAAUUGCCUUCACCCCGCAAAUUCUCGUCCAAUACUCGAUUAAAAACCUGUAUCAUUCUGCCCGUGCUUUGUUUUUUGUGCAGUUAGAGGAUAUGAUUAAGUCAAUCUAUAUGUAUGCACAAACAUCCCUUUUUUUAAUUUUGUUUGUUUAAUUGUAUCUCUUUCUGGACAUUGGAUUUGUUUGUGUACCUUUCUCUUUUUUUAAAAAUACGAACUUAAUGCCUGGCGCAGUGUAGUAUUGCUUUUGUCCUGUCUCAACGCUUCUUUUUGAUCUUGACACUUGUCAAGAAAUUGAUAACAUUCAUCGUCAGCAGUGUAUAUACCAUACCUCAACCACAAUCUUUAGAAUCCAAACACGAUCUUUGCAAGUGUACAACAUCACAACUAGUCUG